GAAAGAAACUACAGGAGGGUACAGGACGAACAGAGAGCUGUAGAGGACUGUAAUGGGUUAUAUUCUUGACCUUUUGACCUCACACAGCAGAACAAAGACCAUAAAAACAGUGUAAAGUCUCCCUAAACAUUGAACUUCUUAUCUGUCACACGUCUUUAACUACAGUCUAACCCUGAAAGAGGAAACAAGCUCUGAGCUGCAGUUAGAGGCGGAGCAACACUGGAAAGAGGAGAGCUUUGUCACACUCCUGAAAUGAAACUUAAAGUUUGCCAGAGUUAAAGCAGAGCUGCAGCCGAGACCAGAGUCUGUGUUUCUGUCUGAAGAAAUAAUAAACUGAGAUUAUCAGCGACUGAGUCAAAUACUGUGUGUAGAUAUGGCUGCUGCCAGCAAUCUGCUGUCUGAGGAUCAGUUCCUGUGCUCCAUCUGUGUGGAUGUGUUCACUGAUCCAGUCAGCACACCAUGUGGACACAACUUCUGCAAAAACUGCAUCACUGCAAACUGGAAUAUUAAUUACAGGUGCCGGUGUCCGAUGUGUAAAGAGGCUUUUACCACAAGACCUGAUUUGAAGGUCAACACUUUUAUCUCUGAGAUGGUUGCUCAGUUCAGACAGUCAGCUCAACAGAAAGCCAGCAGCAGCAGCCCAGAGCAACAAGUGUCCAAACCAGGAGAAGUUCCCUGUGACGUCUGCACUGGAACCAAACUGAAGGCCCUGAAGUCCUGCCUGGUGUGUCUGGUCUCCUACUGUGAGACUCACCUGGAGCCUCAUCUGACUGUGUCAGGUCUGAAAAGACAUCAGCUGAUCAACCCUGUGAAGAACCUGGAAGACAGGAUGUGUACGAAGCACGAUAAACCUCUGGAGCUAUUCUGUAGGACCGACCAGGAAUGUGUCUGCACGCACUGUCCGGCUUUAGACCACAAGACACAUGAAGUUGCUCCUUUGAAAGAAGAAUAUGACGUAAAGAAGGCAGAGCUGGUGGAGACAGAGGCUGAAAUUCAGCAGAUAAUCCAGAAGAAACGACAGAAGAUUCAGGAGAUCAAACACUCAGUGAAGCUCAGUAAGGAAAAUGCGUACGUGGAGGUUGCAGAAGGGGUUCGGGUCUUCACUUCUCUGAAGGAGUCGGUUGAGAGAGGCCUGAACGAGCUCAUCAGUGGAAUCCAGAAGAGGCAAAGAAUAACCGAGAAACAGGCUGAAGCUUUCAUCAAAGAGCUGGAACGGGAAAUUUCUGAGCUGAAGAAGAGAAGCACUGAGGUGGACCAUCUCUCACACUCUGAAGACCACAUCCACCUGCUCCAAAGCUUCCCAUCCCUGAAGGAUGUUCCACCUACCAAGGACUGGACAGACGUCAGUAUCCCUCCAUUAUCAUAUGACGGGACUGUGGUGGUAGCAUUGGCUCAGCUGGAAGAGACACUCAGUAAGGCAAUGAAGAAACUGUUUGCUGAGACCGAGCUGAAGAGGCUCCAGAAGUGUGCAGUGGAUGUAACUCUUGAUCCUGAUACAGCAAAUCCUGAACUCAUCCUGUCUGCUGAUGCGAAGCAAGUGAAUCAUGGUGGCAGGAGAAAGAAUCUCCCAGACAACCCAGAGAGAUUUUCUCAUUAUAAUUUUGUCUUAGGAAAGCAGAGUUUCUCUUCAGGCAGAUUCUACUUUGAGGUUCAAGUUAAAAGAAAGCCCAAGUGGAAUUUAGGAGUGGUCAGAAAGUCCAUCAACAGGAAGGGAGAAAUCACAAUGAGACCCAAGGAGGGUUACUGGACCAUAUGGUUGAGAAAUGGAAAUGAGUACAAAGCUCUUGAUGACCCUCCAGUCCGUCUCUCUCUGCAGUCUCAGCCUCAGAAGGUGGGGGUGUUUGUGGAUUAUGAGGAGGGUCUGGUCUCCUUUUAUGACGUCGAUGCUGCAGCUCUUAUCUACUCCUUUACUGGCUGCUCCUUCACUGAGAAACUCUACCCAUUCUUCAGUCCCUGUAGGAAUGAUGGUGGUUUAAACUCUGCCCCAAUGAUCAUCUGUCCUGUCAGUCACACUGCUUGAUAUUGUUUAUCUUCAGCAAAUCAUUAAACAAUGAAACAUAGACCUGUGAAAUUAAUCUUAACAUUUUGAAUCAACCAUAUACCAGACAAAGGUUUCAUGCUACAAUAUUAGCAGAGCAGACAUAGUAAGCUGUCAGUUAUGGUAACAAAUGUACAUAUGAAGUAUUAAUGUACAGUGUAAACAUGCUUUCAUCUGAUAUGAUUGGUCGUUCUGUGCUUGAAUAUUUUCUCUCUCUGUGUCAAUAGCUUCAGGGUUGGAUCAUCAACAGAAAGAGUACCGUCACUGUUAAAAAGGUGGAUUUUUUUUAAUUGUAAGGCUUCUUUAAGAGAAAAUAUACAUGUGUUUGUUUAAUGGUUCUCUUCUACAGUUAAUGAAGUAGUGAUAAGUUCAUUUUGCUUUUAGGACAUAAAUUACUGUGUUACGGAUGCAAUUGUAGUCAUAGAGUUAAUUUAGUUUGUCUUUAAGAUCUUACUUAGUGUGUACUUAACUUGCUGUGGGUCUAAUUCUAUUGAUCUGUAUAAAUGUUAAUGGGGACGAUGCUUUUCCGACCUUUUCAUAUGAAACCAUUUUACAGCUGAACAGGGCUGGUAUCAGUGAACAACCACGUGCCUUCACAACAACAACAUACAGGUUUAUUUUGAAUGAAUGAGAACUGAAAUUGGCUUAAAGAAAUUACUGCUUUAAAAAAGUCACAUUUUCAUAAAUUAUAUUCCACCAUUUAUACUACUUUACUAUUUUACCUUUUAUUUCUUUGACUUGUUUUCAUUUUUGAUCUUUUAUGUAUAAAGCACUUUGGUGGCUGUUCAGUUUGUGUUUGAGUACCAUAAUUACCAGAUAAAAAGUCCAUCAUAGGUUGUUUUAAAUAAGUGACUUAGUCCUCAACCUCAUUCUAAAAAGACAGAAAAUGUUGAUAUAUGUCAGUGACUAAAACAAAUGCUGUAAAGUGAAUAAAAACACAUUUUAUACUCUGCUGUACAGUAUCACUGCAGUAAAAUCCUGUGCAGAAGAAGAAA